UAAAAACAAUAAAGAAUACAUUUCCAUCGGAAGGACAAUAUAAAGGACAACGAGCGACUUUCCAAAGGGCUAUGCGGUUAACCCUUAUCGUGGGACAGUGCUUUGGCCUAAAUCCUGUACUGGGAAUUUGUGAUACUGAUUCUUCAAAACUAAGGUUUACAUACUGUUCAGGACGCUGCGUUUAUGCUUUAAUAGCAAUUUUCGGACAGACUAUUUUCUUGAACUGUUUCUUUUUGAUCAAAUAUUUUAACGAAUCCGGAACUUCAGUGACAUCAAAUUCUACUUUGGUAUUUUAUGCAUCGAAUACGCUAACCACAAUUCUAUUCUUGAGAAUGGCGAAAAAAUGGCCUAAAUUGUGCCAGUACAUAAUGAAAAUCGAGGCCGCCGACCCUGUCAAAGAUGCGACACUUGUGAAGAAAUGCAACGUGUCGUGUAUUGUGAUUCUUAUCAUGUCUAUUUUGGAACAUGCACUCGCAGAAUUCGCUGGUUUCAUUAUGGCCUCAGACUGUCAACCCGGCAAAGUAUACGAGUCAUACGUCGAACAUAGUUUCCCUUGGAUAAAUCUUCACGUGGACUAUACUUUUUCACUUGGCUUCAUAACACAGAUUCUUAAUAUUCUAUGUACGUUCAAUUGGAAUUUCGGGGAUAUUUUCAUUAUAACCAUCAGUUUUUAUUUGACGUCAAGACUGGAGCAAGUUAAUAAAAAAAUUGCCGCUGUCAGAGGAAAGUAUGUCCCAACAACAUUCUGGCGGAGCGUUCGCGAGGAUUACAACAGAGCAACCGAUCUGGUGAGGCGAGUGGACGAGGUGAUCGGCAGCAUAAUAUUUUUAGCAUUCGCAAAUAAUCUCGUAUUUAUAUGUAUGCAGUUGUUGCAUACGUUCGCAAACGGCAUAAAAGCUGUUCCGAGCUGUCACAAUCCCGAUAAAAGACCGUUACAAGGUUACGAGCAAGCGUUGUACUUCACGUAUUCCUUCAUUUUCCUCGUAGUGAGGUCAUUGGCCGUUUCUCUCGUAGCAGCUCAAGUUCACACAGCCAGUCGCCAGCCAGCGUAUGCUUUGUACGAAGUUCCGUCUGCAGUUUAUUGUGUUGAGGUAGAAAGAUUUAUUGAGCAGAUCCAUGGCGAUACAGUUGCUCUGACUGGACUGCAAUUCUUCAAAGUUAAACGCGGAAUAGUUUUAGCUAUAGCCGGAACCAUAGUCACUUACGAACUUGUUCUGCUCCAGUUCACUGGAAUCACCCCAACUGUCGCGCCACUGCAAGAUGACCUUGCCUACAGAGAUUGAAAAAACAGAA